AUGGAUAUAGGUGGCCUCACUACUGUGGUUGCCAACUCCGCUUACAUUUCAGCCCGUGGAAGUUUUGAUGGUAGCACCAACCCUGCUGCCAAUCGGGACAAGAGGUACCACUCGCGCCUCAAGUUGCCCCAUAUUACAGUCUGCGAGGGUCUUAGAGAGACAUUGGACUUGGGUUUUCAAUCUGUGUGUGUGGAUCAACCAAUUGGCAAGAAGCUUUUCCAGGAGUUUUUGGAUUCUGCUCCGGAGUACAAGGGCCCCUGUCGUCUAUGGAAAGAUAUAGAGGAGUACAACUUGGCAGAAGAUGAUGAGCGUGUACAGAAAGCGAGUAAGAUCCUGUCCCGUUACAUGGAACCAAAUGCAAAGUAUUUCUGCCCCUUUUUACCUGAAAAUGGGAUCACGAAAGUCAAAGAGAAGCACAAGGAGGCAGGAGAUGAGCUGUUCAAUGAGACAAUGGACAGUGUAAUGGACUUCCUGAAGGAGGUGCCAUACACGUUCUUCUUGGAGAGCAUGUUCCUCAAGAGGUUCCUCCAGUGGAAGUGGCUGGAGAUGCAGCCUGUGGAUGAGGACUGGUUUGUGGACUUCAGAGUUCUGGGGAAAGGAGGCUUUGGAGAGGUGUCUGCGUGUCAGAUGAAGGCGACGGGUAAACUGUACGCCUGCAAGAAACUCAACAAGAAGAGGCUGAAGAAGAGGAAAGGCUAUGAGGGGGCGAUAGUGGAGAAGAGGGUCCUGGCCCGGGUUCACAGCAGGUUCAUCGUGUCUCUGGCCUAUGCCUUUCAGUCCAAAACAGAGCUGUGUCUGGUCAUGACCAUCAUGAACGGGGGAGACCUCAGGUAUCACAUCUAUAAUGUGGAUGAGAAUAACCCAGGCUUUGACGAGCCCAGAGCCUGUUACUAUGCAGCUCAGAUCAUUCAGGGUCUGGAGCAUCUGCACCAGAAGAGAAUUGUCUACAGAGACCUCAAACCAGAGAACGUGCUGCUGGACAAUCAAGGAAACGUUCGUAUCUCUGACCUUGGUUUGGCUGUGGAGCUGGCAGAUGACCAGACCAAAACCAAGGGCUACGCUGGAACGCCAGGUUUUAUGGCCCCGGAGCUGCUCAAAGGAGAGGAAUACGAUUACUCUGUGGACUACUUCACUUUGGGAGUGACUCUGUACGAGUUCAUAGCCGCUAAAGGACCCUUCAGGACCCGAGGAGAGAAGGUGGAGAAUAAGGAGGUGAAGAAGCGCAUUUUAAACGAUCCUGUGGUGUAUCCAGAGAAGUUCAGUGAGAGUGCUCGCUCCGUCUGUGAGGCUCUGUUACACAAAGAGGUCGACAAAAGACUCGGCUUCAGGAACAACUCGUGUGAUGAGCUCAGGGCCCAACCCUUUUUCAAAGACAUAAACUGGAGAAAACUCAAUGCAGGGAUCCUUCCACCUCCUUUUGUGCCAGACUCCAAAACUGUUUACGCCAAAGACCUGGAUGAUGUUGGGGCGUUUUCCACAGUGAGGGGGGUGCAGCUGGAUGACAAAGAUAAGAGUUUCUUUGACGAGUUUUCUACUGGGAACAUCUCCAUCCCGUGGCAGGAGGAGAUGAUUGAGACAGGGAUCUAUGGCGAGCUCACGGUCUGGGGUCCGGGGGGCACGCUACCCAACGACCUGCGGCGAGAGUCCAUCCUGGAGCAGCCCAAGUCCUCUACAUGCUCUCUGUCAUGAGGAAGCACUGAGCAUUUUAAGUGGACUACUGGAAAAAACAAACAGGCACUUUUGUAUUUUGGUGUAUGUCAUAGUAUUUUUUUUCCCCUGCUGUGUAAAGAACUGUAUAGAGCUAACAGAGAUUCAAAAUGAUCUUUAUAGUUUAUUUUUCAAUUCAUGUCAAGUUAAUAAUAAGAUAACAGUUGUGUCAAUUAGUAUAAUCUUGCAACUCCAUGUACCAUUCUUAUUAUUAUUACUUUUAAAUGUAUUUUGGUUAAGACAUUGAUUAUGCUUUUCAUAUCUUCUGGUGGGACUCAGACAGCUCUUCAGUUUAUUUCCCUAAUUUAAAGUCAGUUUCAUUCUGUCAUUUCUGACCUCAUUUUUGGGUAGAACUACUGUGAUAUUGAUGUAGUCCACUUUUAGACCCAGUUUAGCCCUAGAUUAUACCUGAAAUAUUUCUAUGAUAUGAUACUUGAUGGGAAGAGUUUUAGAGCCACUCUCAACUGUAAUAUCUUUAAUAAAACCAAACCAUUACUA